GGGCCUGCCGCGGGCCCGCCCCCGCCCGGCCGCCGGAGCCCCGCCCCCACGCCGCUCUGCGCACGCGCCGGCCUCGGGCUGCCCGCGGAGCUGCCUGAGCCCGCGUGCGAGACCCGGCCGUUCCGCGCGGGGACGCCCUUGGGGCUGUUCCCCGGAGCCUUUCUCCCCCUCACGGCUGUCUGCAAUUUUCUGUCGCACGUUGUCUUCCGGGAGGGCGGACUGCGCCGCUUUGGGCUCAGUUCUCGAGGGUCCCUGCAGGCUCCGGAAGGGACCGGGCCCAGACGCGUGGGGUCCUCGCGUUCGGACCGGAAGUGCGGCGCGCAGCCGGGGCAGUGGCGGGCAGGUGUCUGCGAGCGGCCUGCGCGGCCGCGUGGGCCAUGGGGCGGCGGUCGCGGGCCCGGCGGCUCCAGCAGCAGCAGCGGCCCGAGGGCGCGGAGGAUGGCGCCGAGGGCGGCGGGAAGCGCGGCGAGGCGGGCUGGGAAGGCGGGUACCCCGAGAUCGUCAAGGAGAACAAGCUGUUCGAGCACUACUACCAGGAGCUCAAGAUCGUGCCCGAGGGCGAGUGGGACCAGUUCAUGGGCGCGCUCCGGGAGCCUCUCCCGGCCACUUUAAGAAUUACCGGUUACAAAAGCCAUGCAAAAGAGAUUCUCCAUUGCUUAAAAAACAAGUAUUUCAAGGAAUUGGAGGACUUGGAGGUGGAUGGUCAGAAAGUUGAAGUUCCACAGCCACUGAGUUGGUAUCCUGAAGAACUUGCCUGGCACACAAAUUUAAGUCGAAAAAUCUUAAGAAAAUCUCCACAGUUGGAAAAGUUUCAUCAGUUUCUAGUGAGCGAAACUGAAUCUGGAAAUAUCAGCCGUCAAGAAGCGGUUAGCAUGAUCCCACCGCUGCUGCUCAAUGUCCAGCCUCAUCACAAGAUCCUAGAUAUGUGUGCAGCACCUGGCUCAAAGACCACACAGUUAAUUGAAAUGCUACAUGCCGACAUGAAUGUCCCUUUUCCAGAGGGAUUUGUUAUCGCUAAUGAUGUGGACAACAAGCGCUGUUACCUGCUCGUUCAUCAAGCCAAACGGUUAAGCAGUCCCUGCAUCAUGGUAGUAAACCAUGACGCAUCCAGUAUACCUAGACUCCUGAUAGAUGUGGACGGAAGGAAAGAGAUUCUCUUCUAUGAUCGAAUUUUAUGUGAUGUCCCUUGCAGUGGAGAUGGCACUAUGAGAAAAAACAUUGAUGUUUGGAAGAAGUGGACCACCUUAAAUAGCUUGCAGCUCCAUGGCUUACAGCUACGUAUUGCAACUCGAGGUGCUGAACAGCUGGCAGAAGGUGGGAGGAUGGUGUAUUCCACGUGUUCACUAAACCCCAUUGAGGACGAAGCAGUCAUAGCGUCUUUGCUGGAAAAGAGUGAAGGGGCUUUGGAGCUGGCUGAUGUGUAUUCUGAAUUACCAGGGCUGAAGUGGAUGCCUGGAAUCACGCAGUGGAAGGUAAUGACAAAAGAUGGGCAGUGGUUUACAGAUUGGGAUGACGUCCCUCACAGCAGACAUACCCAGAUUCGACCCACCAUGUUCCCACCAAAGGACCCGGAAAAGUUACAAGCAAUGCACCUGGAGCGGUGCCUUAGGAUAUUACCACAUCAUCAGAAUACUGGAGGGUUCUUUGUGGCAGUGUUAGUGAAAAAAUCCUCAAUGCCAUGGAAUAAACGUCAACAAAAGCUGCAGGGUAAGUCUGCAGGGAGCAGAGAAACCACACAGUUGAGCCCAGCAGAUCCCACAGAAGGGAAACCCGCCGACCUUGCCAAGCUGGAGAGCCAGUCCGUCACAGGAACUGGUGACACAGAAAUAAUUCAAACAACUGAGAAUUCAGAGAAUAAUGGCAAUAAGAAAGAUGGCGUGUGUGGUCCUCCUCCUUCAAAGAAAAUGAAGUUAUUUGGAUUUAAAGAAGAUCCAUUUGUGUUUAUUCCUGAGGAUGACCCGCUCCUUCCCCCUAUUGAGAAAUUUUAUGCUUUGGAUCCUUCCUUCCCCAAGAUGAACUUGUUAACUCGGACCACAGAAGGGAAGAAAAGGCAGCUCUACAUGGUUUCCAAGGAGCUGCGAAACGUGCUGCUGAAUAACAGCGAGAGGAUGAAGGUUAUUAACACAGGCAUAAAAGUCUGGUGUCGAAAUAACAGUGGUGAAGAGUUUGGUUGUGCUUUCCGGCUGGCACAGGAGGGAAUAUAUACAUUGUAUCCAUUUAUUAAUUCAAGAAUUAUUACCGUGUCAAUGGAAGAUGUCAAGACACUAUUGACCCAGGAAAAUCCAUUUUUUAAAAGACUCAGCUGUGACACAUACAGUCAAGCCAAGGACCUGGCAAAGGGAAGCAUCGUGCUGAAGUACGAGCCAGAUUCUGCGAACCCAGAUGCCCUGCAGUGUCCCAUCGUGAUGUGCGGGUGGCGGGGCAAGGCCUCCAUCCGAACGUUCGUGCCCAAGAACGAACGGCUUCAUUAUCUCAGGAUGAUGGGGCUGGAGGUGUCGGCAGAGAAGAAGAGCGAGGGGGCUGUGCUAGCAGGCGAGGAGAGUGCAGGCGGUGCCGGGCAGCCGGAGGACCAGGCGAGCGAGGAGCGGAGAGCAGAGGAGGACGGCUGUGACUGCAACGCGGCAGCAGGCUGUCACCCGGACACAGACGCGGGCUGCAACUCCAACGCGGCAGCAGGCUCUGACCCGGACACAGAUGCGGGCUGCGACUCCAACGUGGCAACAGGCUGUGACCCGGAAACAGAUGCGGGCUGCGACUCCAACGUGGCAGCAGGCUGUGACCCGGCCGGGGCCGAGCCGGCCCGGUGAGCAGCCCCAGGCCAGCCCCCGCCUCGGUCAUGGUCAUCUGAAACCAAAUCCAGAACUGAUUCCGACCAUUUCUAAAGAUGCAGGCUGACGGUGAUAGGCGAGGUCCGAGUGAUCAGCUCUGCUUUCCUGUUCUUACAAAAGCUAUUCUUGGGGCAUCCCGGAGUUGCUCGCUUUGCUUUGUUUCUUUGCCCGAGCUGGGUCUAGUGUGUGUGCUGCUCUGCUGCUGGUCUUAGACUUUCGCUGUUAAAGUCGUACUUCUGUCGAGAAAUAAAACUACCCUUGCAGAAUUUGAGGUCCCUUUCGUGAAGCCUAUAUUGGUCUUAAGGUCCAGUAUUUUUUUAAUUAUUAUUUAUAGAAAGAACCUACAACUCUAUGAAUUGUUGGGAAACUGUACUAUAAGCUUUAAUAAUUGAGUUUCACAUUAGCAGUGUGACCUUAUUAUGCAGUGGGGUUAAUAUCUGAGGCCUCAGAUGACUUCCGUGCCUUUUGUAAUAAAGGAUAAAAUAAGAUGUUUCUCAAAGUAAGAGCUGUAUCGUGAAUUGUGAUACUAAUUAUGGGGGAAUUUUAUGUGCUUUUAUGGAAUGAAGUGCUUUGCAAUUUUUAUUUUUAAAUGGGGCUUGGGAUCCUUGGAAUAUUUAAAUAAAAUUAUUAA